GCGGGAGUGAACGCGGUAACUUGAUACUCGUGCUGUUUUUCGUGGAUUUUGUGGCGUUUGCGGUGCUUUUGAGAGACGAGUGGUGGCCGGCGGGGAGAUAAGGUGCCCGGGAGGAAGUGUGAGAUGGAAGUUACGUGGCACAAGCAGAAGGGGGGCUGCGAGCGCCGAGGGAAGAGCAGACGAUAGCGGGUCAGGAGGCUGUCGGAGGGGCUGUCGGAGUGGCUGUCGAGUCUGCCGUCAGCGGGGGUGGCUGUGACGCGGCGAUAAGUGUUGCUCGAUAACACAACGACUGGAGCGCUCGGGCAGUCACUUGAGGAGGGGCGGGUCAGGCUUCUCACAAGGUGUAGCCGGCCUGCCCGCGCGCCGCUAGCCGCCUCCAGCCUCCCGUUACUGUCUCAUAAACAAGACCAAAGGCAACCCACACAGCCGAUCGCUCUUGCUGCACCUUGCUUUUCCUGCCUCCGUCCUUGUGUUCUUCGUGGUCGUGGCGGCCAAGCUCAAGGCUGGAAGGCGAUAGACUGCUAGUGACGUUGGUGCCCCUCUCCUCCUGCAGCCGCCUCGCCAAGGACUGUCCCCUCCUCCUCCUCCUCCUCCUCCUCCUCCUCCACGCGUCAACAGGUUGUGGCGGCACCCCUCACGCUCCGCCGCCAGGAGGCUGCCGGCAGGAGGGAACCAGCGGAGGUGGUCAUCUGCCGCCCCGGGGGACGCUGUUCACUGCGAAAAAAAGACCAUCGGAAAGACAUUAGCGCCCUCUCAGCAACAGACGAGGUGGGAGUGAAUGAGAAAUUCCCAGGAGAAAAUUAUUUGGCAAAAACUCUUCGACUGAGGUGAAGUGAAAGUGGGCCUUGACCCCCUGGCGGCGUCUGGCGGCCUGCAACGGUGGCCUGCAGCGGCGGCGGCGAGUAGGCCUGACGGGAGGAAGGCAGGAAGGAAGCCCCGCCGCCGAAAAGGUGACGUCAGCAGCAGAAGCCCCGCUGAGGAUGUGCUGAGGUGCCACGACGAUGGAGCCGCCGCCCGCCGCCCUCGUGCUGCUGGCCGCCGCCGUCCUCCUGGCAGCGCCCGCCGCCUGCCUCCACACAGGCCAGUGCGAUGCAGCGUUGGGGAUGCAGUCCGGCGCCAUUCCCGAUGAGCACAUCUCUGCGUCUUCAUACUUCGACAAUGCCGUCAACGCCAUCUACGGGAGAGCGCACGUGGAAGCCGGAGGCGGCGCCUGGUGUCCACGGGAGAUGGUGUACAGGGAGGGCCUCCAGUACCUCGAGGUGAACCUCGGAGCGCCGCACGUGGUCACUAAGGUGGAGGUCCAGGGAAGGUUCGGCAAUGGCCAAGGGCGGGAGUUCGCGACGCAGUACAAGCUGCAAAUAUGGCGGCCCAACAUGGCUCACUGGGCCACCUACAACGACGGCCGCGGCAAAGAGCUGCUGGAGGGCAACAGCAACACGUACCUGGCGCAGACGUCGCAGCUCAGCCCGCCCGUCGUGGCCGCCAGGGUGAGGUUCGUCCCUUAUAGCGACCACCCGCGGACGGUCUGCAUGAGGGUGGAGCUGUACGGCUGCCGCUACACGGACGGCCUCGUGUCCUACUCGAUGCCUGACGGUGACGCUCGCGGAGGAGACUACAACCUGCGGGACCUAACCUACGACGGGACGCAGCGCGGCGGCUGGCUGACAGGCGGCCUCGGGCAGCUCACCGACGGCGAGACCGGCCACACCAACUUCCGCGUGGACGCCCUCGGCCGUGGAAGAGGCUACGAGUGGGUCGGCUGGAAGAACGACACCCGCCAGCAACAGCCGGUGGAGAUCACCUUCGAGUUCGAGUCCGUCAGGAACUUCUCGGCAGUGCACAUCUACACUAACAACUUCUUCACCAAGGACACGCAGGUGUUCUCGCGGGCGCGGGUGCUAUUCAGCGUGGGCGGGGAGCACUACCACGCCCAGCCGCCCGUCGAGUUCGAGUAUGUGGUGGACCGCAUCUUCGAAAACGCGCGCAACGUCACCAUCCGCCUACAUGGCGCCACUGCCAAGUUUGUGAAGCUGCAGCUAUUCUUCGAGUUGCGCUGGAUACUCAUCUCCGAAGUCGCCUUCGACUCAGAGCCGUGUCGCUGCAACCAGACGGAGGAAGCCCCACCCGUCACGCCUACGGAGGUGGCGGAUGAGACAGCCGUCCCGGUGGUGCCAGCCCACUCCACCUCUUCGGAUUUCCUGGUGGGCGGUCUAGUGGCGCUUGGUGUGGUGUUCGGCGUGGUGCCCGUUACACUCUGCGUCCUUUACUAUCGCUCCAGACUCACCAGGAAGGCCAGUAAGGUUUCUCUCUCUAAGGCCAACGGCGGCGACACCAAGAAAGUGUCUAUGAAAAUGAAGGACCUGCAUAUCAACAUGAACCUCUCGCAGCUCUCCAACGGCUACUCCCGUGCUAAGGGCAACCUUUACGGCCACGUAUCCAUGGAUGAGGAAGCGGCAGCUAUGUACCAAGAGCCGUACAAGGGGCCGCUGCACAACCCCGGGUACCACACGCUGGGCCACGCCGUUCAUCCCCCCGACGUGCCCCUCAAGUGCCCGCUGCCCCCGGACACGGAUGACUCAGUGGAUUACGCUGUUCCUGGUAUGAACGUGACGCCGCCUCCGCCUUUCUCUGACGUGUAUUCUCCUCCACCCCCUGUUCCCCUCACACGGCCGCCCAUGUCCAAGGGCUUGAAUAUGGAGUACCCAACCCUCCCGCCACCCACGCCCCCCAUCCCCCCGCCCCCCAAGCAGCACUAUUUCACCGCCUCGCAGGUGUGUCAGCCCGUCAACAUCCAAGGCGCUGCCGGCAAUGUUUCAUUUGUUGUCACUGAGGUCUCGGAGCUGACGCAGGCACGCUGCAUCCCCGAGGUCGCUGGCAAGAACCUUCGUGUGCUGGAGACACUCGGUGAGGGCAUGUUCGGCAGCACACAAAUCUGCGAGAUGCGCGGCGCUUCCGGUGGUGAGGCGGAGACGGUGCUGGUGAAGUGCCUCAACAGCAGGGUUGAAGAGGCGGUGAGGGAAGAGUUCCUGCAGGAGGCGCAGGUUUCGAGUUGCAUCAACGACAUCAACGUGGCCCAGCUGGUGGGUGUGACCGCCCAGGAGCCGCUGUGCAUGAUUCACGAGUACCUGGAACACGGCGACCUUUACCAGUUCCUCCGCCGACACACGCCCGAGAACACCGGCGGCGUGAUACAGAGAGCCCCAUUCAAAGACGCCGGCGAGUGUUCAGCGCUGAGCUACGGGGCGCUCGUGUACAUAGCGACGCAGGUGGCCUCAGGGAUGAAACACCUCGAAAAGUUGAACAUUGUCCACAGAGACUUAGCAGCACGAAACUGUCUUGUUGGCCAAGGCCUCCUCAUAAAGGUGUCCGACCUGGCGAUGAGCCAGACUAGGUACCACAGAGACUACUGCCGCGUGAGCGAAGAGAGCACGUUACUGCCGGUGCGAUGGAUGGCAUGGGAGUCUGUUCUGCAGGGAAGGUUCUCCAGCAAGAGUGACGUGUGGGCCUUCGGCGUCACGUUGUGGGAGAUCCUGACCCUGGCCCGCCAGCAGCCGUACGCCGAACUGAGCGACGACGGCGUGCUUGAGAACCUUUCUCACUGCUGCCACGGCGACGGCAUGAUGGUGCUGCCGCAGCCGCCGCUCUGUCCUCGGGAGGUGUACGACAUGAUGGCCGCCUGCUGGAGGCCCAGCGACCGGCAGCGGCCGCCCUUCUGGGAGGUACUCAUGUUCCUGCAGCGCAAGAACCUCGGCUACUGCCUUGACUAUCCAGAAUGAUGCGCUCCCGGGCUCUUGUGUUCCUUCAGAAGACUCUUCCUAUGACCUCUGGCGCCCAAAGCAAAGAUGGUCUCAUCUCACAUGUAUUCACCGCCCGGCGUGGCGGUGCUACAACGUUGUACGACGCAUGUCCUCGUAAGUGUCCACACAACGAAGAUUCACUAUAUUAGCGAGAACUUGAUCGUGUGUACGUGUUCAUUUCAUCAUCACUGGACAUCGAAGUCUGUACAGGGUGUAAUUUUGGCAUUUAUUUGGAAGUUUAUAUUCAGUGACUUUUUUUUCGUGUGCGAGAUGGAGACUGGCUGAAGCCCUGCAAACCUGAAAGAAGACGGUGAACAGUUCCUGUGAGGCGACAACGCCCACGAGUCAGUGUGAGGCAAGGCGGACAGGCGUGGCAAGUGUCGGUGGUGCGCGGCGCGGGGUUCGUGCUGGACAGGUGUGUGAGGAGACUGGCUCGGCGGUGUUGUGUUGGUGUGCCAAAGUGUUGCGGCCACGGACGAGGAUGUGAGGUGGAGCGUCUGAUUCUCCCUCUGCAGCCGGUGUUGUGUUGAGGUUCGUGAUUUAUCUGUGAUAUCCUUUAGUCAGGGUCUGGAGCCAUAUUGGCAUCCAGUGAGAGUUUGUAAAUACCAUGUGUAAUCUACAUUUGUGUUGUGAGAGCGAGCACAAUCAAUCAUCACCUUGCUAAGCCUCUGUAAGGGAGCAGUAAGAUCACUCAUAGAUGUAAUGUAAGUGAAGCUGUGUAGAGAAUGUCACAUGCAUUAUUUAGUCUGUAGUUUCAGCAUUAUUUUUGAGUGUAUUAGAAGUUGCUUGCAGUAGUUGGUGUGUGAGCAGCGUGGGAGCAAUGGUAGACAUGUUAGUAUUUGUAACGCUGGUUCCCGCGAUGGCCCUUGGUGGUGGCGGCGGCCAGUGCGGGCAGUAGGAGGUAGCUGUGGACUGCUGGGGCUGAAGGGGGCAGGCAUGCAGUGCGCCACGUGUACUGGAUGAAUCCUGGCGAUCUUCAGCCUCGUGUAUCUUAAUUUAGCUUAGUUGACGUUGGUGCAAAGCGCGGCGACAGCGAGAACGCUACUGCUGACCCUUGGCACUUUCCGCUGAGUUGUUGUUAGCAGGCGAGGUGCUGCUGUUGACGUUUACGGCUACUCGGCAGUACCCUGCUAUGCGCUGCCCUCAGCAAGGUUAUUACUGUCCAGUCACGCAAGCAGGUGGGGUACCGGUGCUGGCGUCAGUGGUCGCCCGGCACUCACCCUGCCCUGUGUGGCCCUCAGUAAGGUUUUUGUCCUGUUACGUCAAACUGAAGCUCUGUAGAUCCAUUCUUCUGUGUUGCGAAAACAAAAUUUUCCUUUGAGCCAUGAUUUGUACAGUGUACAAACCAACAAUAAAAAGUGUACAGUGUUCCUUA